UUAUUUACGCUUUGUAAAAAGUGUACAGAACACAAACGCGAACGAUCGAAGAUUGGUCGACGAAAUAGGUAAGAACUAAAGGGGCUGAAAGUGAGAGUAAAACUGCGCAGUGCAAAAUUAAUUAUAUAUGACGUUUGGGGAUAUGUAUAAUUGUAAGACAGUUUAAUCAUUCCUAACUGCUUUAAUCAUCAUAGCUUUAAUCCAUGUCUAUGGUAAAUAUAUUAAAUAGACGAUGUGAAAUUUUACUUAUUUCUAAAACAUGUGCAUGGUCAGGAAAAUUAUAGAACCAUUUAUACGAGCGAAAAUAAGCCGCGGCUUAAAUAAGUCGCGAACAACUCGUAUAAACAGGCAAUUUCCAAUAAGCCUUAGCUUAUUUAGUCCUAGCUUUCAACCCCGGGCUUAUUUCAGCCGCGGCUUAUUUUUACUCGUGUAAAUGAUUCCUUUGUAUACAGUAAUUUCAGUGUAGAAAUCAGGGGGCCGUUGUUAUUCAGCCACCCAAUAUAAUCUGGUUAAUUUACCAGGUUAAAAUAAUCAGGAAAAUUAAUUUUAGAGUGUGCUUGCCAUUAAAACUUACUUUCCACUGCGGCGUAAGGACAGAAGUUAAGGUUUUUCAAAUCUGAAUUUUCCAGUCCAAAUUGGAGGAUUUGAAAUGACAUCUCAUACGAAUAAAUCACUUAAAGUGAGAUGAAUUAAUUUUGAUCCGGUCCAAGGACUGAAUUAAUUUUGAUCCUGCUGUUCUAGGUCUGGAUCGAUAUACUUCACCAGGUAUCCAGUAUUAUCAUGUGAGCAAAAUAAAGCAAUAUGGUUGGCUAAUUUACUUAUGAAUUAUCAAUGAGUUUGAGAUGAACCAGUCUCAUUAGUGUCAUCCUCGUUCCUGUCUGUUGGUUGCUUAAUUGCCUAAAUUUCAUGGUGGCGGUUCUCAAUCUACUGGUUCUUCUAUGCGGGUCUAAACUUUAAAACAUGUAUCAAGGUUUUUGAUUGUGUGUAGAAUUGAUCAAAAAAACCUUAGCAUUAUACUCGUUGCCUUUUCAAAUUUCACAGAUCGAACUAAUGCUAUGUUUAUAACUAGCAAUUGUGUUGUCAUGGUCACCACGCUUGCCUUUCAAACUAGGACACCCGAGUUCAAUCUUUGGUCGUGCCUCUACUCAAGGUCUUAGAAUAAUUGAAGAGAAAGAGCUACCUUUACAUUGACAAUAGUAAAUGCUUAGACUUUCGCGUCUUCUCGGCUUCUCGGAUAAAGACGUUAAAUCGUAUGGACCUCGGAUCCCCUAUCAAUUGGCCAAUAUAGUCUGUUGGGAAAUCCGCUCACCAAUGAGUGAGAAACUCAAUAAACAAAUUAAUAAACAAUGUAUUAACGACUUUUUAUCUACGUUUGUAAGGUAUAUAUCUGAGAAACAGAAAAAAGUGAUUUAACCUGAAGAUCUGAAAAUGGUAAGGAGAGCCUUAUAUUAGCUAUUAUCUACUUUAAAAACAGAUUGGUUUUUAACCCAUGAUCUGCUUCAUAAUCUGCUUCAACCCAUAAUCUGCUGCAUUCGAGUAGCAUUCUACUUUAAUGCUUUUUCCUACGGUUUCUUCAGAGUGCAGCCGAAAAGCAGAGACGGAAAGAAGAGAAGAAACAACGACAAAAGGAAUUAGAAAAACAAUGGGACGAAGAGGAUAAGGAAGAAGAGGAGAAGAGGCGCAAGAAGAAACAGAAAAAAAAGGAAAAAGAGGCACGUGAAAAAGAGGAAAGAUAUAAAUGGGAGCGACAGGAAAGGGAAAGAGAGGAAAGGGAACGACGGGAAAGAGAAAGAGAAGAAGAGGAAAGAAGACAAAGAGAAGCAAAGCCGCAUCCAACAUGGUGGAACCAAAGUGAUAACGAUGAAAAGCAAAAUGACGAAUGUAUCUUAUCAUAAUUCCUUCAAAUCUUGCAUUACGGAACUGACACUUGCACACCCCAGGCCUGUAAUUUAGUAUUUUGGUAAAACAAUGUUUCAGAGGCCAUUUUCAGGUUGUUCACUAAGCCACAAUAUAGGAUUUUUUAAUUUUUUGUAAUCACGCGUUUAAUUUCAGACAGCUGCACUCCACUCAGUCCAAUUACCGUUACAAAAUAAGUUGGACAAGGUUGAACAAACAGGCUUAAUAGACAAAUAAUUUAAAGCAAACAAACAGACAAAUAAUUUAAAGUUUUAAAUUAUUUGUUUAAAUUUCUAUGUUUUGUUGUCUUGUGUAUUGUCUUUGUUCUUGUCGUAUUUGUUGGCGCGUUUUGGCGGGUAUUUAGAAACGGUGUUUUGCUUGCACAAUUAAUUAUUUAUAUUAAUUAAGAUAAAAAAUUUUCAUAUACUGUUUAAAAAACUUUUUUCCGGACAUUAUAUAUAGAGAUUUUUUCCGGACAUUAGAUUUUUCAUUCUCUCAAAUAUUUUAGUAUCAGCCCUGAUGCUAAACUUAUACCACUAUUAAUUAACCAAAUCUUAGAUUGAAUGCUAAUUCUUCCCCGAUUUCAGACACGAUUGUUACCUGAAUUUUUAAUCAAACUUAUCAGACAUUUACCUGAAAUUUAUUUCAGACACGAUUGUUGUUUUGCUUUUAAUACUUAUUUUAAUUAAACAAGAAACUCUCCUUCUUAACAGGCUUAAACGAGAAUUAUUUACCGUUUGUGGAACUGGUAUAGUGCUUUCCACAAUUCUAUUAAAAAAGCUAAAGAAACUUGAAUAAUUAAAAUUACCAGGCUCAGGCUGAGAAGGAAUUUUCGUUCUCCUAGUCAACAAUUUCAGUUCUUCAUACAAUUUCACCAGGAGAGCUUCAACAACGCAUUUUACUGCCUUGUCUUUCUCGAGAAAAUUUCCUCUUCACAAUGAUGGUGGUCGUAUAGUACAUAAUUAACAUUCAGUUUUUCAUAUAUUGCAUGCAAAUUUACUAUUAAGUAAUCCAGUAUGUGUGAUUAAUCUCUUAUUAAUUUGCGUUCCUUGAGUCUCUUUACUAAUUCUUCAAUGGCUCCGUUGAUCGCCAAAUCUGCCGUUUUAAAAUGCUUUUUCUCUACAGCCUCUCCAGUUGCAACAUCCCUGGCUGCUCCAUCAUACACCCAAGGUUCUUUCAGGGAGUGAACUCUUCCUGAAACAGAAUACUCGAUCGUGCGACCAUUAUACAUUUUCUAAAAAUAG